CAAACAGUCGCUCAGAGUAGAGGGGCAGCGCAAGUCCUAAUGUUCAAAGAGACGCGAAUCCCGGCGCAGAAGAUCGUCGGAGGAAUCCUAUUUCCGACGAUCGUGUCGCCGGAUCCGGCGAUUCAGAUCGAUUUCCGGCGAUUCGUUGAUGAGGUUAGAGACCAGCGGCCGCGGCUGGAGAAUCUGCUCCUCUCGAGCGGCGCGGUCCUGUUAAGGGGAUUUCCUGUGAAAACUGCGGCAGAUUUCAACGCUGCCGUAGAGGCGUUCGGCUACGAGGAGUUUCCCUACGUAGGAGGCGCUGCUCCGCGGACGAACGUCGUAGGAAGAGUUUUUACUGCGAACGAGUCCCCGCCGGAUCAGAAGAUUCCCUUCCAUCAUGAGAUGGCUCAGGUUCCGGAGUACCCGUCAAAGUUAUUUUUCUAUUGUGAGGUGGAACCUAGAACUGGUGGGGAAACUCCUAUUAUUCUCAGCCACUAUGUUUACCAGAGAAUGAAGGAAAAGCACCCAGAGUUUGUGGAGAAGCUGGAGAAGCAUGGUUUGAUCUAUACUAGAGUAUUAGGGACAGGAGAUGACCCUUCUUCUCCUAUUGGUCGUGGCUGGCAUUCAACCUUUUUAACCAAAGAUAAAAACACAGCAGAGGAAAGGUAUAUCAAUGCUGUUUUGUGAUUCAGAAACACCUUCUUGGUUCUCAUUGGUGUUUAAGUUUCAUAUUGAGAUUCUCUGCAAAACUAAUUUCUUAUAUGAUAAAGUGAUUCACCAAGUUGAUAAGCAUCAGAUACCUUUUAAUCAAAUUAAUAUUUACCUUAGUUUAACAAGCUGCAAUUAUGAAAAAUGUUGUUC